AUGAGCUCUGCGAUGCGGCUAUGGAGCUCAGCUCCUAUCAGACAGUUCCGAGGUCUGGCGCCCGCACGACGAUGUUUCUCUUCCACCUCAAAGACCGGCAAAUACUACGGAUCGAGUCCUUUAAGAGCACAGGAAGCCACCAACAUUCACGGACACGCAUACAACGUGGUCGACCAUCAAUAUGACGCACUGGUCAUUGGAGCUGGCGGCGCAGGUCUGCGCGCCACCUUCGGUUUGGCUGAGGCUGGAUUCAAUACCGCCUGCGUCUCGAAGCUUUUCCCUACUCGAAGUCAUACAGUCGCGGCACAGGGAGGUAUCAAUGCUGCUCUAGGAAAUAUGCACGAGGACGACUGGAGAUGGCAUAUGUACGAUACUGUCAAGGGCUCUGACUGGCUUGGAGACCAAGAUGCUAUUCAUUACAUGACUAGAGAAGCGCCUCAGUCCGUUAUCGAACUCGAAGGUUAUGGAUGUCCAUUCUCCCGCACGGAAGACGGCAAGAUCUAUCAAAGAGCAUUCGGUGGCCAGUCACAGAAGUACGGCAAAGGCGGACAGGCAUACAGAUGCUGUGCCGCAGCGGAUCGAACUGGUCAUGCUCUUCUUCACACGCUCUACGGUCAAUCACUACGGCACAACGCCAAUUACUUCAUCGAGUAUUUUGCUAUGGACCUGAUUAUGGAGGACGGCGUCUGCAAGGGUGUUGUUGCCUACAACCAGGAAGACGGCACUCUCCACAGGUUCCGCGCUCACCACACCGUUCUGGCAACCGGUGGCUACGGUCGCGCGUACUUCAGCUGCACGUCUGCGCAUACGUGCACAGGUGAUGGUAUGGCCAUGGUCGCUCGCGCUGGUCUGCCCAACCAAGAUCUUGAGUUUGUUCAGUUCCAUCCUACUGGUAUUUACGGUGCAGGCUGCCUAAUCACCGAGGGCUCUCGCGGCGAGGGUGGUUAUCUCCUCAACUCGGAGGGUGAACGGUUUAUGGAACGCUAUGCUCCUACUGCUAAGGAUCUGGCGUCCCGCGAUGUCGUCUCUCGGUCUAUGACCAUGGAGAUUCGCGAGGGUCGUGGUGUUGGACCGGAUAAGGACCACAUCUAUCUUCAGCUCAGUCAUCUACCUCCCGAGGUUCUCCACGAGCGUCUACCGGGUAUUUCCGAGACUGCAUCCAUUUUCGCCGGCGUGGAUGUGACCAAGCAGCCCAUUCCUGUGCUACCUACUGUCCACUACAACAUGGGUGGUAUUCCGACCAGAUAUACCGGCGAAGUCGUCCGGGUUAACGACAAGGGCGAAGAUGAAGUCGUCCCGGGCUUGUUUGCAUGCGGUGAGGCUGCUUGUGUAUCUGUUCAUGGCGCCAACCGUCUGGGUGCGAACUCACUGCUCGAUCUAAUCGUCUUCGGUCGUGCCGUCGCGCACACGAUCCGCGACAAUUUCUCACCCGGCGCACCUCAUAAGGAUAUUCCUGCUGAUGCCGGAGCCGACUCGAUCGAUGUCCUCGACAAGGUCCGCAAAUCCGAAGGCCCGAAGUCCACUAACGACGUGCGGUCUGCCAUGCAGAAGGUUAUGCAGACCGAUGUUUCCGUCUUCCGGACUCAGGAGUCUCUGGACGAAGGUGUUAAGAAGAUCAACGAGGUAGAUCAGAUGUUCGGCGACGUUGGAAUCAAGGAUCGCAGUAUGAUCUGGAACUCCGAUCUCGUUGAGACCCUCGAACUCCGAAACCUGCUCACUUGCGCGACCCAAACUGCCGCUGCCGCUGCCAACCGAAAGGAGUCGCGGGGUGCCCACGCUCGCGAAGACUUCCCUGAACGUGACGAUGAGAACUGGAUGAAGCAUACUCUAACGUGGCAGAAGUCGCCUCACGGCAAGGUCGAUCUAGGCUACAGAUCUGUGACUGGUCAUACCCUGGAUGAGAACGAGUGCAAGGCAAUUCCCCCUUUCAAGCGUACGUACUAA